AAUGGAGAGAUUUUAUCCAAAUUUCUAUUCUUAUACGAAAUCUCACUACGAACCAUUGGUUUCAAGUCUACUAACAAGAUGUGAAUCAGAGCGUGGUGCUAAACUGCAGAGUAACUGUAAUGAUAAUGAUGACAGUGAGGAGAAACAAUAUAGCUGGUGUAGUGAAAGACAAAAUACGAACAUGAAUGAAGUCACUGAGCAACAGAAUUCUCUCACAUCCCCUAAUAUGCCUCGACAACGAAUACAAAGUGUGGAUAGAGCAAAAAUGUCACGUGGUCAACUAGCAAAAUGGACGCCGACAGAUUCGCAAAGAUGGGCUCGUGAAAUUUCAGACCCUCCAGACCGUGAAAAAUCAACUAAAGAUGAAGAUCGGACUGGUUCAGUCUUCACCGGAUCUGUACAGUCAUUUAUAUUGCCGUUUACUAGAAUUAAUGAAUACUUAACACCGGGAAUUAACGCUAAAUAUCAUAACCACUCUAGAACUUUCGAAAGUGGAAUCAACUAUCUGAGCUUAGUUUCCCAUAAUGAUGUUCGAUGUAACAUCAUUCCAAACUGUCAGCAUUUUCCUGAUUUAAUGUCAACAUCUUUAACAAAGACAAACUCACCAAUAAAACAUAAGUCAAGAUCACUACGUAAGCAUUCGCAUGAAAAAACACUGCCAUGUUCAAGUCAGGACGAUAAAACACUCAUGACAUUAGAUUCAAAUAAUGUGUUCAUCAAUCCAAACGAGUCCAAAUUACAGACUGUGACGAAUCAGAAAAGUAUACCGCGUUCUAGAAGAUUACCGUCACCAUGUGUCCGCAUGAAAACACUAGAAAGGGAUACAAAUUAUAAUAUAUCUCUCGGAACAGGUCAAAACGCAAGCUCCUCAAACUAUGAUCUUCGACCAAAGCGAUUAAUAGAAACAGAACGCAUGAACUCUGAGAUACAAGAGCUUCAAAGCAUUGUAAAUCAUACACGUGAGGAAGAUAGGGACAGCAAGUCUUUAGCCAACUCUCCAAACAGUUUUAAACCACGACCAAGAAGAUCGAUGUCUUGUCGUACACUUCCUGAUGCUUUUUACCGAGAUAAUCAAGAUGCUGUAAGCUUGAGUAGCGUUGCAAGUGGCACAAGUGCCGGCGGUCAAACCAUGCCCACAGAUCCAAAGAAACAUGACAACUGCUCCUAUUCUAUUGGGAAUAACGCUUCAACGUUGGAGACACAGACAGUCUAUACUAAACAUUCCAGAUGGUUGGGCAAAUCCAUAGCCAAAGCGUUUAGAAAACGCACAAGGUCGACUACACAAUCAACCAAUUCAGAGGGUACAAUAAAUGACACUACGAUUACGAAUAUGGAGUCUAACCAAAUCAGUCAGAAAUCGAACGAUGACAAUCAGUUGGAUCGACUUUAUCUGACAAUCAGUCGAUUGCAAUGUAGGAUAGAUCUGCUUGAAGCAAGACACAAAAAACUACAGGAAACCGUAUUGAAAUAUAAUCCUGAUGAUGAACUUCUAUGCAAUGAAUUUCGUUUGGAAGGAACCAACAGAAAAGUGUUUUUAUCAGAUUUGUCGUCUAAAUUUUGCAAAAAUAGUCGUUAUUUUGUGCCAGUCCUUGUGAACACUGAAGAAAUCAUUAUUGAUUCAGAAUCGAAAAAAUCACUGAAAAUAGGAUGCAUUGGAUUAAAGGAUGAUAUGACUUGGAAUGAGCUGGAUGAAGUACUGCAAGAACUACUUCAGUGUUACAUCACUUACCUGGAUCCUAAUGAACGACUGCAACUUAAUUCACUGGAACUAAAGGCGUAUCAGCUAAAUUCAAUUUAUCAAUAUCCGAAUAUAAAGAAAACAGAGAACAUUGUGCGACGUUUCUCACGAAUCCUACCACCACCACUGCCACAACCGUUAUUUACAACAAAUCAGAAUCAUUCCCAACUCCCUGUGACAGCAACACUGGAGACCAGCUGUCACAUAAACAGAGAAAUUUAUUCACAGUUCCCUGUUAUGUGGCUGGAUGAAAUUACUAAAGGCUAUGAUUUGGAGCUAUUCGUCUUGUCUAUAGAAAUAGAUUUACAAGGUCGUACUAUGAAGUCACAAUUGAAAAGAAUGGAUAAAAUGCUACACCAAAAUGUUAUUGAGAAAACUGACAUGUUGAACUAUGGAUGUUUUACAAGUCUAGUACCAUAUAAUACACUGAAGUCUUACUUAUCUGUCAUCGAAGAAAAUAAUUUCAUUGUAAUCUGUGGACUGACUGGAACCGGAAAAACGCAUCUGGUGAACAACCUGGCCAAAAUUUUAUCUUUUGAUUCGUGUUAUUCAAAGGCAAUAUACAACUUCCGGUUUACAAAUAACAAAAGUCCAACUGUAAAAGAAAUCAAAAAGCUACUCAGGAAACAGUUAUCAUCCUUUUCGAAAUGUGGUUUCCCCAAAGUCAUAAACUUAUUUGAUAUGCAUCUUUUCCAAGGAUCCGUCUUGGAUAUUUUAAAUGUUUUGAAUGCCUCACCAAAAGGUCCAAAGAUUAUAGGUACACGUGAAAGUGCGGACAAAGAUUUUGAGAACACUUGCCGCGUCAAUCAGAUAAAGAUUAUGCAUCAUUUGCCUGACAUAAAGAGUACACAAGAAUAUUUAGAAAGAGUAUUAUACAGAAAUCUCGCUCAAAGUCGAAUGUUUUGUUCACAUGGACUUACAAACGGAGAUGUUACUGCCAGUGCAAAUAAGGAUCGGAAGUGUUAUCAGUUGAUUUUCUGGUUAACCGAGUUUUGGAAGAAAUUAAAUGAAAUCCUGUGUUCUAUAACUGACAGAAAACACUGUGCCAUUUUCGGCGUUCAAUCCACACUUAAGUGCCCCUGGAUGAUAAUGCCUCAUUACAUUGGUUUCUUGACCUAUGGAACAACAUGCUGGUUCCAGUUUUAUUUGAAAAUAUGA